UUACCCUCUCUCUCUAUAUCUAAACCCAUUUCAAAUUCUCUCUCCCCUCCGCCACCACGACCACCAUGCUCCCUCUUCUCACCUCCCUCCUCCGCCACCGUCACCGCCACCGCCACGUCAUCCUGCUCCGUCGUCUAUCCAAACCUUUCUCCUCUUCCUCCAUUGCCGAACCCCUUGACCUACCUCUUUCCUACCCCACCUACUUCAUCUGGUCCUCCAACACCUCCCUCGGCAAAACCCUCGUCUCCUCCGGAAUCGCCGCCUCCUUCCUCCUCUCUUCCUCACAAUCACUCAUUCGCAAGCGUUUCCUCUACCUUAAGCCCGUCCAGACUGGCUUUCCCUCUGAUUCCGACUCUCGCUUCGUCUUCUCCAAGCUCUCCGCUAUCUCCGCCCGCCAAAGCCUCUCCCGCUCUAUUCUCGCCAGUGAUCGUGUUCUCAAGGCUUCCAGACCCUCCGUUGCGGCUGCAUUGCCUGGCGGAGUAGCCACGGUAGGUGGAGAUGGUGGUGGGAUGUUUGAUUUGGAAUCCUUCAGAGAAUGCAGAAUCGCUGGGGAGGAAGACCGUGAGCAUUCGGAGUUGAUCUGUGAGACGAUGUUCGCGUGGAGGGACGCGGUUUCGCCGCAUUUGGCGGUCGAGAGGGAGAACGGGAUGGUGGAGGACUCGAAUGUGCUUGGAUUGUUGCGGAGGCGUUUGGAGAGUGGUUUGACUUGUGGGUUUCCGGAGGAAAAGAUGAAUGCUUUUUGUGUUGUUGAGACUGCUGGUGGGAUUGCGAGUCCAGGGCCUUCUGGGACUCUUCAGUGUGACUUGUACAGACCUUUUCGUCUACCUGCAAUUCUUGUUGGAGAUGGCCGCCUGGGUGGUAUCUCUGGAACUAUUUCAGCUUAUGAGAGCUUAAAACUCCGUGGUUAUGAUGUUGUUGCCGUUGUUAUUGAAGACCAUGGUCUUGAAAAUGAGGUGCCUUUAGGAUCAUAUCUUCGACAAAGUGUGCCUGUUCUUGUGCUUCCAUCUAUUCCCCAAGAUUUAUCGAAUGAUCUUAUGGAAUGGUUUGAAGGUGCGCGUGGGGUGUUUGAUUCGCUUGUGAAAACAAUGCUAUCCGCACAAUCAGAACGAAUUAAGAGAUUACAAGAAAUGCCAAAGAAGGCCAUGGAUGUAUUCUGGUGGCCAUUUACUCAGCACGGUCUAAUGUUAGAAGAAGAUGUCACAGUUAUUGAUUCGCGUUGUGGUGAGAACUUUGCAGUUUUCAAGGCUCAAAACAAUGGUGUCAUGACUCAGCAAUUUGACGCUUGUGCUAGUUGGUGGACUCAAGGACCUGACUCAACGUUACAGACUGAGCUCGCAAGAGAUAUGGGUUAUGCUGCUGCAAGAUUUGGGCAUGUAAUGUUUCCGGAGAACGUUUAUGAGCCAGCCUUAGAAUGUGCUGAACUUUUGCUUGAAGGUGUUGGAAAAGGUUGGGCUUCUCGAACAUAUUAUUCAGACAAUGGAUCCACAGCAAUUGAAAUUGCCAUUAAGAUGGCCUUUCGUAAAUUCUUAUAUGAUCAUGGAGGACUUUCUAAUUCUGUAAAUGAUAACUCAGCUGAAAGUUGUACUCAGCUCAUGGUCCUAGCUCUUGCAGGGUCUUAUCAUGGUGAUACUUUGGGUGCUAUGGAAGCACAAGCGCCAUCAUCUUAUACAGGCUUCCUACAACAACCAUGGUACACCGGAAGAGGACUUUUUCUGAGCCCCCCUACAGUCUUUUUGAGCAACAAUACAUGGAAUCUUUCCUUACCUGAAGGGAUACAGUCCAACAAGUUAAAAUAUGCUACCAUAACCUUCGGUUCACGCAAUGAAGUUUUUGAUACAAGCAGGGACAAGUCAAAUUUGGCAGAAAUUUAUUCAUCAUAUAUAGCUAUUGAAUUAGCACGAUAUCCUGAAUCAAAACGUUCUAUUGGAGCUUUGAUCAUGGAACCAGUUAUACAAGGCGCUGGAGGAAUGCAUUUAGUUGAUCCACUUUUCCAGCGGGUUCUUGUUAAUGUAUGUCGAAGUAAAAAUAUUCCCAUUAUCUUUGAUGAGGUUUUUACUGGCUUCUGGCGUCUGGGUACAGAGACUGCAACAAAAUUACUUUCUUGUGUACCGGAUAUAGCCUGCUAUGCAAAGCUUAUGACAGGUGGAAUUAUACCCUUAGCUGCUACAUUGGCUACAAAAUCCGUAUUUGAGUCAUUCAUUGGUGACUCUAAGCUGACGGCCCUUUUGCAUGGGCACUCGUAUUCAGCACAUGCUAUUGGAUGUACAGCAGCUACCAAAGCCAUAAAAUGGUUUAAAGAUCCUCAGACAAACAAAAAUUUAAAUUCUGAAGGAAGUUCGCUCAAGGAGAUGUGGGAUGAAGAGCUAGUAUAUAAGCUUUCAUCACAUCCUGCGGUUCAGAGAGUGGUUGCAUUGGGAACCAUUUUCGCCUUGGAACUCCGAGCAGAAGGUUCUAAUGCCGGGUAUGCAUCCCUUUAUGCAAGAUCUCUUCUUAAGAAACUCAGGGAAGAAGAUGGCCUCUACAUGAGGCCUUUGGGUAAUGUCUUAUAUCUCAUGUGUGGACCCUGUACUUCCCCUCAGAUCUGCGCCCAAGUACUCUUGAAGCUUUACAGAAGACUUGAUGAAUUUAGCAAAAAUCAGUCAACAAAAUUUUAAUGUAAAACAUCGAUAAAAUAUAAUACUGUAAGAGUUAUUAUUUACUACCAAGGUCAUUUUUUACUCUUUUGUUUCUUUUCUUUUAUUAUUAUUAUUAUUAAUUCAAAAAAAUUAACAAAAUCAAACUUAAUUCUACAA